UUGCAGAACCAAACCAUGGCCAAACGCACGAAGAAGUGGUAUCAAAUCCAGUGGUUCGCGGACCAGGACACCCCCGAGGACAGAAAACUCAUUUACAAGUUGGACCUCCUCAUCGUCCCCUAUGCCCUGCUUUCGUACUGGACAAAGUACCUCGACCAAGCCAACCUCAACAACGCCUAUGUCGCGGGACUCAAGGAAGACCUCGGCUUCCAUGGAAACGAGCUCGUCCAGCUGCAGACGCUAUACAUCGUCGGCGCGGUGGUGGGACAGAUCCCCUUCAUGUUCCUCUUUACCUACGUGCCCAUGUACUGGGUCGUGCCCUUCCUGGACGUGGCCUGGGGGAUCUUCACCCUGCUGCAAUACCGCGUCAACACCUUCGCCGAGCUCGCCGCAUACCGAUUUCUGGUCGGAUGGUUUGAGGCUGCCUUCUUCCCGGCGAUGCACUACAUCUUCGGCGCCUGGUACCGCGGCGACGAGAUCGCCCGCCGCGGCGGCGUCUUCUACGUCGGUCUCACGCUGGGCACGCUCACCGCGGGGCUGAUCCAGGCCGGCGCAUCGGCGCGCCUGGAGGGCGUCAGGGGGCUCGCCGGCUGGCGGUGGAUGUACAUCAUCUGCUCCAUCAUCACGAUCCCGAUCGGCAUCCUGGGAUACCUGGUGCUCCCCGGCACGCCGGACAAGCCCAACAGGCUCGUGCUGAAGGAAUCCGACAUUGCGGUGGGCAGGAAGCGCCUCGAGCGGGCUGGCCAUGUCGCCCACGGGAAGUUCACUUGGGGCACGCUUAGGCGGCUGGCGACGCGGUGGCAGUUCUGGGCGCUGACCCUCCUCGACAUCUUCUUCUGGAACGGGAGCGUCAACACCUCGACCGGCGGGUAUCUCCUCUGGCUGAAGAGCCUCAACCGGUACUCCCACGCCCGCGUCAACGAGCUGGGCGCCAUCUCCCCGGCGCUGGGCAUCUUCUACACCCUCCUGAUCUGCUUCGCCUCGGACCUAGUCCUGGGACCGGCCUGGGCCAUCACCGUCGCGCACGUCUGGAACAUUCUGGGGCUGAUCAUCCUGAUCAUCUGGGACGUGCCCGAGCCGGCGCUGUGGUUCGCCUUCAUGACCACGUACUCGGCCGUGGCCAUGUCGAGCGUCCUGUACGGGUGGGUCAACAGCCAGCUGCGGGCGUCGCCGGCGGAGCGCGCGUUCACGCUGGUCCUGAUCAACGCCCUUUCGCAGUCGACCACGGCCUGGACGCCGUUGCUGGUCUUCAAGACGGUCGAGGCCCCGAGGUUUACGAAGGGGUACUCUUUCGUGCUUGCGAACGCCGUGUGUCUGAUCGCGAUGGCCCAUGUAAUACGGGUUUAUCUGAAAAAGCAUGAGUAA